AUGAUGAUUCGCAGUGCUAUUAGACAAAUGAUGGCACUAGCUCUUGUUCCUGAAGAAUAUGUUCCAUUAUUAUUUUCUAAUCUCGGUCAGGAGCUUGAUGAAUCUGAACGUAAUGAAUUAGCUGGUCUACUCAAAUACUUCGACGAUUAUUGGAUGUGUCGUAUACCAAUGUGGAACUGUUUCAAGAUUCCUGAACGAACGAAUAAUUUCUGCGAAGGGUAUAAUAAUCGAUUCACAACACGUUUAAAUAAAAAACAUCCGAACAUAUGGGUCUUCAUUGAUGCGAUUCAAAAAGAAGUACAUACUGUUCAUAACCUCAUUUUUCAAAUUAAUAGUGGAAUGAAACCUCGGGCCAAACGACCCAAGUCCAAAAUUGUUGAACAACGUAUGAAAGAAUUAUAUGAACGAUUCGACAACAAACAAAUUGAUCCGCAACAAUUAUUGAAACAACUUUCUUUUUUUGUUGCAAAUGGAAAAUAA